AUGGGCUUUUCGCAGGUGGUUCCGGGCUUCUCAGAUUAUCCCAAUGAUGUGGAAAAGGGCAGUGCUGCACCAUCCACUGAGGAGAGUCCUGCAAAGCAUGUAGACACCCCGGUGUCCUCAUCCUCAAAAUCCCCCAAAAUUGUGCAGUCACGACGUAAGCCCUCAAGGAGCUUGAGCUUAAAUCAGGCCAUGGAGGACACUUGUGAACUAGACCUGGUGUAUGUCACAGAGCGAAUAAUUGCCGUGAACUUUGCAAGUUCCUCGGAAGAACCGACCUUCCGUAGCAACCUGAAGGAAGUGGCACAAAUGCUUAAAUCCAAGCAUGGGGACAGUUACCUGCUUUUUAACCUGUCGGAAAGGAGGCAUGACAUCAGCAAACUCCACUCCAAGGUGCUGGAUUUUGGAUGGCCUGACUUGCACACACCUGCCCUGGAGAAGAUAUGCAGUGUCUGUAAAGCCAUGGAUACGUGGCUCAAUGCUGAUCCUCACAAUGUUGUAGUCCUCCAUAAUAAGGGCAACAGAGGCAGAACAGGAGUUGUUAUUGCUGCAUACAUGCACUACAGCAACAUUUCAGCCAGUGCGGACCAAGCUCUUGACAGGUUUGCCAUGAAGAGGUUCUAUGAAGACAAGGUGAUUCCAGUGGGGCAGCCAUCACAGAAGAGAUACGUCCAUUACUUCAGUGGUCUGCUGUCUGGCACCAUCAAAAUGAACAACAAGCCCCUUUUCCUGCACCAUGUCAUCAUGCACGGAAUUCCCAACUUUGAGUCUAAAGGAGGAUGCCGACCCUUCCUCAAGAUAUACCAAGCUAUGCAGCCUGUCUACACAUCUGGAAUAUACAAUGUGCAAGGAGACAGCCAGACCAGCAUCUGCAUCACCAUAGAGCCUGGACUGCUCCUGAAGGGAGACAUCUUGCUGAAAUGUUAUCAUAAAAAGUUCCAUAACCCGACCCGGGAUGUGAUCUUUCGAGUGCAGUUUCAUACUUGUGCUAUUCAUGACCUGGCCAUUGUCUUCAACAAGGAGGACUUGGAUGAUGCUUUUAAAGAUGAGCGUUUUCCAGAGUAUGGGAAGGUGGAGUUUGUGUUUUCAUACGGCCCAGAGAAGAUUCAAGGCAUGGAACAUCUUGAGAAUGGCCCCAGUGUUUCUGUAGACUACAACACCUCAGAUCCACUCAUCCGCUGGGACUCCUAUGAAAACUUCAACAUGCAUCAUGAAGAUAGCCUGGAGGAGGUUGGGCACACCCAAGGGCCUCUGGACGGAAGCCUCUAUGCUAAGGUGAAGAAGAAAGACUCUCUCCACGGCAGCACCGGCGCUGUCAACACCCAUCGCAUUACACUCUCGGCAGCCCCGAACCACAUUGAACACGCACUCUCGGUCAGCAGUGAUUCGGGAAACUCCACUGCUUCCACCAAGACUGACAAGACGGAUGAGCAGGCAGCACCCGCAGUGCCCAGCAGCAGCGGAGGAAACCACCCCACACUGACCCCUGAGGAGAAGCGAGAGCUUGAGAGCUUGCUCAGUGGCUUUGGUCUGGAAAACGAAGCCACCAUGCACAACCCCAGCGGAGUGACCUCCCCUGCAUCUGGACGUCAUGUUGUACCUGCUCAGGUGCAUGUUAAUGGGGAAGCAGCAAGCUUGGUAGCUGAGAGGGAAACAGACAUUUUGGACGAUGAGUUGCCCAACCAGGAUGGGCACAGUGUGGGCAGUCUGGGCACCCUCUCAUCUUUUGAUGGCACCACCAACACUAGUGACAUGGGCUAUCAUGAAGCCCCACGGAUGGAGAGUCUCUCCUCGUUGCCCAAUGGUUCAUCCAAUUUCAAUGGUAUAGACAAGCUGCAUGAUUCAGAGACAAUCAUCAAUGGUGGCUACCCCUACAACAACCAGAACUCCUUGCGGAGCAUGAUGGGGCGUCACCCCCAGGAUCCAUAUGGGCACAUUCGACCUUCAGUGUCUGCCCAGGAAAAUUUGCCAGACUAUUACCAGCAUGGUUUUCCAACUCCUGGCUGGCUGCAACCCCAGUCGCUAGCCUCCACCCAGCAGUAUCCCUACAGCUGUGACCCAAACAGCAUAUAUCGCUCCCAAACCUUCCCCACAGCUACCACUGAGAUCCCUCAACUUCCUCAAGCACCUGCACGGAGCAUGAGUAGUCGGGAAGCUGUCCAGAGGGGACUGAACUCAUGGCAGCAACAGAGUGGAAGCAGACCACCAUCCCGUCCACAGGACGGUACCCUAGAAAGCCUAAGCCCCAGCAUCUUGAGAGUAAGCCCUCAGCCUAGCCCCUUGCAAACAGCACCACCCCAAAGCAUCAGCAUCCCUGAAUUCCCCAAGGUGGCAUCCCAGAAGGAAAUAGAGCAGUCAAUUGAGGCCCUCAACAUGCUUAUGCUUGACCUGGACCCCUCUGUCUCUAUGAUGCAAAAAUCCCAGAGCGUUCCAGUAGCCUUUAGAAAUGACAGGCCUUGCCCAAUGGCUCUCUGCAUGUCUGUGCAGCCUGUGACUGGUCCUCAAGUGGUGCAGCAAAGGUCUACCAAUGCUUUUGGCCCCAUUCCAGGAAGCCCUACACACAUCCCCACUGACACCAUCGUGUCUCAGCUCCCUGAACCUGCACCUAAAGCUCAUCCCAGAAGACUGUUGCUCCAAAAUACUGGAGAGACAGAGAACCCGGCACAGGAUUACAGGGAAGCCUACUUGUCCUAUGGCUAUCAGAACCAGCAGCCAAGUGUAACACAAGCAGGGAGUUAUAGUCAACCUGUGGGAAGCCCUCCUACAUCUCCUAGACCUCCUGUGAUGGCAUAUAAGCCCAUGGAAGGGCAGCAUCCCCUGCUUACAUCAUCUGUAUCCCCAACAAUGGUGGAAUCCCAGAUACCAGUAAAAGAUGCAGAAAAUAACGGAGAGCCUUCUCGACCCUCAGAGGAAGAGCCUUUACACCUUGAAGGGCUGGUGGCCCAUAGGGUAGCAGGAGUGCAGUCACCACGGGAGAAGUCACCGGAAGAAACCGAACGCCCUGUGCGGAGACGGACCACCAGUGAAGGCCAGUAUGAGAACAGCCCCCAGGACCCCAGUUCGCCAAGAAGCCCUACUGUUCGCUCUCCAGUUCACUGUGUCUCACCAGAGGUGGUCAGCACCAUCUCUGCCAAUCCUGGAGGAAGGCCCAAGGAGCCCCAUCUCCACAGCUACAAGGAGGCCUUUGAGGAAAUGCAGGGGACCUCUCCAAUCAGCCCACCUUCUAGUGGUGUGCGUUCUCCACCAGGUCUGGCCAAAACUCCACUCUCAGCACUAGGCCUGAAACCCCACAACCCAGCUGAAAUCUUACUGCAGCAGACAGGAGAGCCCCGGAGUUAUGUGGAAUCUGUGGCUCGUACAGCAGUAACAGGUGGUGGCAGCAGCACUAAUGGGAAGCCCCAGGUAUCCCCAGUUCCGCAGCCUUACAGCACUGAGACACCGAGGGAUGGGUCCUUCGCCAGUUCCUUCGUCUCCUCAAGCCCUGUUGCUGCUAGCAGCCCCAUGCAUAGUACUGAUGGGACCUCUAUUUGUAGCUACCCUUCCGAGAACAGUGCUCACAGCAUGGUCACACCUCAGCCCUCAGCUGAGUCUAGCUUCCAAUCUACCAACCUUUCUCAGGCACCAUCAGUGCACAGCAACUACCAAAAUAUCUCUUCUUCAAGUCAGGGCCUCCCAGUCUACAUGAGUGCUGACUUUCCUGAAGGCAGAGCCAGCUCUCAGCAAGAUAGUUAUGCAAGGCCUCAGCUCCAAGUCAAUGUGGCUGGAGUCAUAUCUGGAAGCCCCCAGUUGCUCCAUAGAACAGUAGCUACAAAUACUCCACCUAGCCCAGGUUUUGGGCGAAGAGCUGUUAACACCAACAUGGUGGCCUCCCCUGGAAGCCCGUGUAUGAGCAGGCACUUAAUGAGUACCCAUGGCAACCUUGUUGCAACACCGGGGAGCCCAAGCCUUACUCGGCACCAGCCUAUUGUAGGAGGUACCACAUCCACAGUCUCUGCGAGUCCCAGCUUGGAUCGACACAUUAUAUAUGGGUACCCAACCCCAGAGGAGAAGCGCCCAACAUUGUCCCGCCAAAGCAGUGCCUCGGGUUUCCAAGCCCCCUCUACCCCAUCUUUCCCUGUCUCUCCAGCCUACUACCAUGGAAUUAGCAGCCCACACUCCUCUUCCCCUGACUCAGCAAUAUACAGGCAGGGCAGCCCUACCCCACCUCAACCAGUGCUCCCAGAGAAGAGAAGAAUGUCGGCGGGGGAUCGGUCAAACAGCCUGCCUAACUAUGCCUCAGUGAAUGGCAAGACCUCAUCGCCCAUCUCCAGUGGCAUUUCCAGUCCCAGCAGUGGGAGCAGCAUGGCCUUUCAUCACACUUUGCCAGAUUUCUCCAAAUUCUCAAUGCCAGAUAGCAGCCCUGAGACUCGAGCUAACGUGAAAUUUGUCCAGGAUACCUCCAAAUACUGGUAUAAACCAGAGAUCUCCAGAGAACAAGCCAUUACAUUGCUGAAAGACAAGGAACCUGGGGCCUUCAUCAUUCGAGACAGCCACUCUUUCCGUGGAGCCUAUGGACUGGCCAUGAAAGUUGCUUCUCCGCCUCCUGGUGUAGUGCAACAGAGCAAGAAAGGUACAGCCUCCAAUGAGCUAGUAAGACACUUCCUGAUAGAAACCAGCCCCAAAGGGGUGAAAUUAAAAGGAUGUCCGAACGAGCCAAACUUUGGUUGCCUGUCAGCUCUGGUGUACCAGCACUCCAUCAUGCCUCUGGCUUUGCCUUGCAAGCUGGUCAUUCCUGGCAGAGAUCCCAUGGAUGAAACAAAAGAGACAACUUCAUCCAGUAACUCAGCUACAGACUUGUUCAAACAGGGAGCAGCAUGCAACGUGCUGUUUAUCAACUCAGUGGAGAUGGAAUCAUUAACGGGUCCACAGGCCAUCGCCAAAGCUAUCACUGAGACACUGGCUUCCAGCACACCACCUUCUGCUACUAUUGUCCAUUUCAAAGUUUCAACACAAGGAAUCACCUUAACAGACAACCAGAGAAAGCUCUUUUUCAGACGACAUUAUCCCAUCAACACUGUCACUUUUUGUGAUGUGGAUCCACAGGAAAGAAAGUGGACUAAGUCAGAUAGCGGUGGCGCUGCAAAACUCUUUGGCUUUGUGGCCAGGAAGCAAGGCAGCACAACCGACAACGUCUGCCACCUCUUUGCUGAGCUGGAUCCUGAUCAGCCGGCUGCUGCCAUUGUCAACUUUGUCUCCAGGGUCAUGCUGGGCUCCUCUCAGAAGAGAUGAACUCCUGCCUUUUCCCUGGCAGGGGGCUUCUUGCCCUUGAAUUUUGAAGAAGGACUUAGAGCUGUUCCGAGAAGGAGUGCGAGAAAGUGCAUUGUGAGAGAGGGAAGUGAACUGAUGCGGGGG